AUGCCUCUCUUCGAAUUUGACGACGAAGAUCUUGCUUCGGAUUUGGGCUCGAUUGGCUUCGAAGCCGACUCCCCGGCCCCUGUGCAGAACGAAACCCCAGACGCCGACGUUGUGUGUACCACCAUUCCGCCUAGUAGAAGAAGAUCAACGAUCUAUAGAAGGGUCCUGGUGCGUUCAUCCGCCCCAAACAGCGGGGGAAUUGCAAUUCCGGCAGACUUCGAUAGUGCUCCCGAGGAGGAAAGUGCCGCUGCCCCCAAAAAGUGCUUGGCCGAUUUCAAGCCGCUCAAGGUGUUGGGCCAGGGCGCAUAUGGGAAAGUACACUUGGUGCAAGACCGGCUGGACGGCAAACUCUACGCACAAAAGCAGAUCCGGAAGCCCCAGGUCGAUGUUUUUGAGUACAAGCCUUCGGUGGCUGCAAACCACGUCCGUCGUACCAUUGCCGAGAGACAGAUUCUUAGCGAGAUCACUCACCACAAAAGCAUAGUCAAGCUCUUCUACGCCCUCCAGGAUGAGGGCAAGUUCUAUCUUUUGCUUGAGUAUAUUCCGGGGGGAGAGCUUUUCCACCACUUGACCGUGAAUAACAAGCUUGGCAACGUGUUUCUUGAGAAAGACGUGGCGUUUUACAUUGCAGAAAUGGCGUUAGGGCUCAAGCAUCUCCACCUGUUGGGCAUUGUGUACCGGGACUUGAAGCCCGAGAACUGUCUUCUUAAUUCCAAGGGCCACCUUGUCCUCACAGACUUCGGACUUUCCAAGAACGUCGGCAACGACCACGACUCUGCAUGUCACUCGAUCAUUGGCACACCAGAAUACAUGGCCCCCGAAAUCUUGAAAGGACUUGCCUAUGGCUACGCGGUGGACUGGUGGCUGUUGGGCUGUGUGAUGUAUGACAUGUUGACGAGCAGGCCUCCAUUCACAGGCGACAAUAGCAAGAUAAUCUGCAAGAGAAUCUUGAAGUCCGACCCCUUGAUCCCCUUUUAUCUUUCGUUGGAUGCCAAGGACCUUUUGAGCAAACUCUUGAGGAAGGACCCCAAGAAACGGAUGGCGGUGGACGACAGAUGGGCGGCUUUCAAGAAGCAUCGGUUUUUCCGAAAACUUAAUUGGGGCGCUUUGGAGGACCAGGAGGCUAAGCCUCCUCUUGUUCCACUGAUCACCAACCCCGCGUUGGCAGAGAACUUUUCCGAUGAGUUCACGGGGAUGAGAAUGAGCGAGUAUGACGGGAGCAAUGUACAGGGUCCUGAUGUGGAUCAUCUUUUCGAGGGGUUCAGCUACACUGCGAGUGAAAGCUUCUUGGAAAACUACGUUCCUCAGUGA